AUAGGCCACGCCUCUGUGCGGGAGUGAGCUGCCACUUUGGGCUUGGCUGCUGAAGUCUGAUUGAAGCGACUGAGAAGAGAAACUACAGCAGAGGGAAGUGCACAAUCCGUUCUUGGCCUACUGUGGGUUGUAGUUUUUUUUUUUUGUUUGUUUGCUGUGACAGAGCUUUUUCUUCGUUAAGAUGGCGUAUCACAGCCCCUACAGAGCCCCCCCGCACAUCAACGCUCCUCCAGACCAGAGCUUUCUGUGGAAUAUCUUCCAGAGGGUUGACAAGGACCGGAGUGGAGUCAUUUCAGACUCGGAGCUUCAGCAGGCCCUAUCGAAUGGCACAUGGACUCCCUUCAACCCGGUGACGGUCCGCUCCAUCAUCUCCAUGUUUGACAGGGAAAACAAGGGUGGAGUAAACUUCAACGAGUUUGCCGGUGUGUGGAAGUACAUCACAGACUGGCAGAACAUCUUCAGGACCUACGACAGAGACAACUCUGGCUUCAUCGACAGGAAUGAGCUCAAACAGGCACUGACCGGAUUCGGCUAUCGUCUAUCAGACCAGUUCUACGGCACUCUGAUCGAGAAGUUUGACCGGCAGAGGAAGGGACAAGUGGCCUUUGAUGACUUCAUCCAGUGCUGUAUUGUAUUACAGAGGUUGACUGACGUCUUCAGGCGGUACGACACAGACCAGGAUGGCUGGAUCCAAGUUUCUUAUGAACAGUAUCUUUCCAUGGUCUUUAAUGUCGUAUAACGCACAUGAAGCCCACAAAAGAGCACAACUGGACACAACUGUGCCAAGGCUCCCGGCACCCUUUGGACGUCUGCCCAUACUGGACACUACAAUAUUUUUUUUAAACCUAGUCUCGUAAACGGAAAUUAUAAUCUUAAAGCAAGAAAACAAUAAGUGCUUGGUGUAUGGUUAAAAAAAACUCUUGUAGUGUUUUGUUUGUUGACAAGUUCUGAACAGGUCCAUGCUGGGGACUGUGGGUUAGGGACAAUUAUGGACACAUCUGUCUGUUAGUCUGUCUAUGUCGACACAUUUUUAAUGUCUUAAAGUUAAGAGGUUGAAGAAAAUAUAUCUGUUCAGUAAAAUAAAUGCACUGUAAAUAUAAUUUGCAUGCUUUUCAGGGAAAUUAAGCCCCAUAUCGAAAGCAUGCUGUCCCUUUCAUUUGACGUGUCCUCUGCCCUCUUUGCUCAAAGCCAUGUUUACAAAAACUGUGAAAGCAGGUGGCGCUCUGCUUUGAGGUUCACUGACAUGCCAGCUUACGUGCCAUAUUUGUAUGAACAUAUUUUUAACAGCCAGUAUUUAAACGUUAUAACAUCAUUUUUGGUCGAGGGUAAGCAUAAUAUCAUUAGUUUUGCUUUUUUUUUUCUGUGCAUGAUGCCUUAAAAUGUGCAAAAAUUAAAAAUCUUUUAUUAAAAAAGGUAAUCCAA